AUGGGAAUCAUGGAUAAUUUGAAGGCAUUUAUGCAUUCUAUAACGACUGAGGAUCAUUAUGCUUCGUAUGAUUCUCCUUAUAAGAGUUCUCUGGAGGGCGGCGGCAAUGUGGUAGGCGGCAAUCUGAACUCCAGAAGUAGUGAGCUCAAUAGACUUGCAACGAUAAAUUCGUCAAGUCAAUCUUUAGUUGGACAGGAGGCUAAUGGAGUGGGAGGCAAUGUUGGUUAUAGACCAGGUUUGAGAUCCUCUAAUUUGAACUCAUCGUCAGAGUUACCAUUGCAGACAUUUGAUGCGUCAGGACAACCCCCUCUUCCAUCAAUCGAUUCAAUGUGGGACAGACUUGAAAGCUGGUUAGAUGAAGAGUAUCCAGAGUUAGGAGACAAUUUGAAUGAUGGCGCUACUACUGCGGAUUUGAAUGAGUUCGAGAAUGAUUUAGGAAGUGGUCCUUUACCAGUUGAAUUUAGACAAUUUUAUAAAAGGCACGAUGGACAAUUCAGUGGUGGAAAUCCAACUGGAUUAAUAUUCGGACUAGAACUUUUAGACUUAGAAAGUAUCGUUGGAGAGCAUGCUAUUUGGGGAAAGGUUGCUCAACGUUUGGAGAAGCAGCAAUACAUGGUUCAAAACAAGCAAUUAAAUAAGGAAGGAUCUUCAUCAUCAGAUGCCCAAAUCAACUCGAAUUCAAAUUCUUUUAUUUCUCACCAGAGAUCUAUUCCCCCGAACUCGAUCCAAUCGUGUUAUGUUCACAGGGGUUGGAUUCCUAUUAUUAAGGAUGAUUGCGGUAACUUGAUCGCUUUGGAUAUUGCUCCAGGUUCAGCAGGAAAAUGGGGUCAGAUAAUUAUUUUCGGUAGAGAAUUUGAUACCAAAUUGGUUGUUGCUCAAUCUUUUCAAGAGUUCGUUUUUGAUUUCGUUAGUGAUCUCGAGAAUGGAAAUUUUGAGAUAGAUCAAAGUAAUACUAAUGAUGCCUAUGGCUUUUUAGAAAAUUCCAGGGAUGAUGACUACAUGAUUGGAGCAGAAGAGGAUGGUCAAGGCGAACUUACGUUUUAUGAUAGAGAUAAUAAAGAAUUUGGCAAGGGAAUAGAUUCCAGAAGAUUAACUUAUUUGGAGGUUUUGAAAAGGAGGGCAUUAAAGAAAUACGGCUUGUCAAAUGAUUAUUCUACCUCGUUUGUCCCUCAAAGAAUGCGUAUGAAAAUACAAGCUGAACCUGGGGCCAAACCAGGUGUCCCAGUUGGAAAUACUUCCAGCCAGCCAAAGAAUAAUUCGGCCCCAUUGAUAAAACUCGAGAGCACUACAGAUGUAUCACUUCCAAAGGAAACUCUUAUUGAUCAAGAAGAUACGAGCAAGAAGCCUAUACCUAAGAGUACGACAAUAGCCGAAGUUAAAGACAGCGCGAAAGAAGCUACUCAUAAUGAAAAGGCUCUGCAAGCUGAAAAGGUAACUACAGAGCCUCCUAAAGAAAGUAAGGACUCGAAUGAAUCUGAAGCAAAGGAAACACCAGAAGUUAAAGAUCAGCUGGUGAUUGAAUCUAAAGAGAAAGACCACUCAGCAGAGGAACAGGAAACAGUCAAUGAAAACAAAGAAGUGGAUUCAGUAUCUACUGGAUUGAAAGAUGUGGAGUUAUAA